UCUCCCCCUUUCGGUUCACGGGUGUCAUAUCACCGCCCCCCACGAGCGACGCUGCCUCUUAUCAGUCAGGGAGCCACUAAUCCAACAAGAAGAGUACCGAGCGUCGAUCGCUUCAAAGACCAGGAAAAUGUCGUCUGCUCUUCCACUGCUUUCGCCUUUGGUGACGAGGAUCCUCGAGCUGUCUGGAUUCCCACCCGAGCUCAAGACGAGGGACAUCCAGGCCAUUUUUGCCCAGUGGGAGGACGACCGGGGUGGCUUCAGGAUCAAGUGGGUCGACGACACCACGGCUCUCGUCAUCUUUGCCGACCCUGCCCCUGCCAAGCGUGCCUAUCUCCAUGUCCUCAUGUCGCCUCCGCCGUCGCUCAUGACGUCGGCCGGCGUCCCUGCCAAGGUCCGACCCUACGACGGCGACGACGCUGCGCAGGUCAUUUCUUCAGUCCAGAAUCGACCCCGAUCGCGGUCCAACGCCGGUGGAAAUGCACAUGCCACCCCCGCGUACGGAGCUUCGGCGGACGCCAACGGCAAUGGAAACGGCAGCGGCAGUGGCUUCAACGGUGAUUUGCCUGCGACGCCCGCGCGCAAUCUCAUGGGCUCGACCAACAGCCCCCGUAGCACCGGACGCUCCCUCGCCGGUCUCGGCCAUCGGCGGACGGGCAGCGGGUCCAACCCUUCGAGCCUCCCGCCCAAGCCUCUGGCCGCCGCCCUCUUUGACGCCGCCAACGGAGGACCCUCGCCGGCACACCAUCUGGCCAACGCCGUAGCCGCUGAGCAGCAAGAGAGGGAGGCCGCCUCGCUCUCGGCCAGCCCUAGCAAGAAACCCCUCAACCUGCCAGUCAACCCGAUGCUGAGCGCACAGUCGAGUGUCUCGCCGAGCCUGCAGCCGAGCCCAGACAUCGAAAAUGGCGCCGCGGCAAAGGUGGCGGCCUGAGC